AUGAGCAUCCUCAUCACCGGCGCCGGUGGCUUCCUCGGCCAAGCCCUAGCAAAGACCCUCGCCAGCACCGCAGGCGUUCACACCCUCGUCCUAACAGACGUGCUCGAACCCGCGAAACCACCACCAACAGACUCAAAAACGCAAAUCACAUCUCUAAAAGCAGACCUCACCUCGCGCGAAACAUGCAGGACCCUCCUCUCCACGACCUUCACCCACAUGUAUCUCCUGCACGGGAUCAUGUCCGGCGCAAGCGAGGCGAAUCUCGCCCUUGGACUCGCGGUGAAUGUGGACUCGAUGCGGAAUAUACUUGAUAUCCUGCGCGAGCAGCACGACUCGACCUCCGCAGCCGGGUCUGAGAAAGGUGGUCCGGUCCGCAUUAUAUACCCCUCCAGCCUGGCCGUAUUCGGCGGACCAGAUGUCCACGCAGCACCAGUCACAGAAUCGACAAUCACCCUGCCUCAGUCGUCGUACGGUGCGCAGAAGCAUAUCUGCGAAGUCUUGUUUAAUGAUUUCUCGCGGCGGGGGAUUAUCGACGCUGUCAUUGUGCGGUUGCCUACUAUCAUCGUGCGUCCUGGGAAACCGUCUGGUGCGGCGUCGAGUUUCUGUUCUGGGAUUGUACGCGAGCCGCUGAAUGGGGAGGAGAGUGUGCUUCCUGUGGAUAGGGAUCUGAAGUUGUGGGUUUGUGCGACGAGGACGAUUAUUCGGAACCUUGUGCGCGCGAGGGAGGUUCGAUUUGAAGGGGAGGUUUAUUCCCGCGUUGUCAAUCUGCCGGGGGUUACGGUUACCGUGCAGCAGAUUCUGGAUGGGUUGGAGACAGUUGGAGGACAGGAGGCAUUAAAACGCGUGGUCGACAAGGCAGAUCCGGCUGUGCAGGCGAUUGUGGGAUCGUGGCCGGCGGUGUUCGAUGUGACCAAGGCGCUGGAUAUGGGCUUCUAUCCUGAUGGGGACCUGGCCGAGACGAUUCGGGCGUAUAUAGAGGAUUAUGGAAGUAAACCAUAG